UGAUUUGUCUAUUUGCCACAUCGGGCAAGCCCAACCUGAUCAUUGCCUUUUUUGGAUUGAUCGUGAUACAUUGAAAAUUAAAUAUAUCCCGUUUUUGAGUUGUUGUUACGAGUUUUAGGCGUAGAAUUUGUUGAAAUUUGUGAUUAUUUUGCAUGUUGUAAAAGUUAGUGUCUAUGCAAAGUGUGUUUUUUACCUUUAAGAUCGAAAUUGUGUUUUGUGGUUUUUGAGUUUGUGAAUGAAGAAUAUAUCAAAAUAGGUAAAAUCAAUUCAAGUGAUAACCCAAACGUGAAGAAUCAAAAUAAGGUGAAUUUUAUUAAAACACCUUUAAAGAAGAUUUUUGUUUUUUUUAAUAUACAACACACACAAAGAAGGAAAUAAGAAGCUGAACGCACUUAAAAAAUACCUCCUCCUACUACUGCUGCUCCUCCUCUUCUCAAAAGAAAAUGUCGUUUCGAGUGGUGAGAAGUUCAAAAUUUCGGCACGUGUACGGCCAAGCACUGAAACGGGAGCAAUGCUACGAUAACAUCAGAGUGUCCAAGAGCAGCUGGGACUCGACCUUCUGUGCCGUAAAUCCAAAGUUCCUCGCCAUCAUCGUCGAAUCGGCCGGCGGGGGUGCCUUCAUCGUGCUGCCACACAACAAGGUCGGCCGAAUCGCAGCUGAUCAUGCGCUGGUCGGAGGACACAAAGGCCCGGUGCUGGAUAUUGCAUGGUGUCCGCACAACGAUAAUGUCAUCGCGUCCGGUUCGGAGGAUUGUGUAGUAAAGGUAUGGCAAAUACCGGAUGGUGGGCUGUCGCGGACAAUGACUGAACCAGUAGUAGACCUGGUAUAUCACCAGCGGCGGGUGGGAUUGGUGCUUUGGCAUCCGUCGGCCCUGAAUGUCCUACUCACGGCUGGAUCAGAUAAUCUGAUCGUAGUUUGGAACGUUGGCACCGGCGAAGUGUUGGUCCGCAUCGAAUGUCACCCGGAUACGAUCUACAGUGCAUGUUGGAACUGGGACGGAUCCCAGCUGGUGACCACAUGUAAGGACAAGAAAAUUCGCAUACUUAACCCCCGAACCGGUGAAAUCCUUAACGAAGCCAUUGCCCACGAAGGAUCGAAGGCAACACGUGCAAUAUUUUUGCGACACGGACUGAUUUUCACGACCGGCUUCAAUCGAUCCUCGGAACGACAGUACUCGCUGAGGGCACCGGACGCCCUCGGGGACCCAAUCGUGAUGGUUGAUCUGGACACAUCGAACGGCGUCAUGUUUCCCCUCUACGAUCCUGACACAAACCUGAUCUACCUGUGCGGCAAAGGUGAUUCUGUGAUCCGCUACUUCGAGGUGACCCCCGAACAACCAUUCGUGCAUUACAUCAAUCAGUUCCAGACGCCAGACUCUCAGCGAGCCAUCGGUUUGAUGCCCAAGCGAGGAUGCGACGUCAGCACCUGCGAACUGGCGCGAUUCUAUCGGCUUAACAACAGCGGCCUGUGCCAGGUGAUCUCAAUGAUUGUGCCCCGCAAAAGUGAACUCUUCCAGGAGGAUCUGUACCCGGACACGCUCUCGGACGAAGCCGCAGUUUCUGCGGAGGACUGGAUAUCUGGGGUUGAUGCCGAGCCACAGCUCGUAUCACUCAAAGAUCGUGUUUUUGUUGAAAAGGGCGGCUACGUAUCACAAUCCCAGAGCACACAGCUGACGGUCACGAAGAAGUCGAACGUGCUGGACAAGAUGUCCUCGCGUGUACCAAAGAGCGGCCCGGGUGCCAGCACUCCACCGCCGACGGCCGUGUCCAGCACAAAUGGGUCGGCGACCACCAACGGAACGACGAACGCUGCCUACUCCGAGCAACCUGCCGCCGCCGCCGUCAGUUGGGUUCCGGAACAAGUCUUCAACGAGAUGAGAACCAAGUUCGAGGAUGAGUUCCGGAAGCUGAAGGCCAUCAUCGUGAAGCACGAGAACCGCAUCCGAUCACUCGAAGCCAAGCAGCUGGCAGACUCGACCGAUGCUCCCUGUGCCGAUCCUCCACUCGGUACCUCGGCAGCAGUGACAUCAACUUCGACGCACGUGCCAGCAUCACGGCCAGAAAGCGGCCACGACGAUAGUCACCACGAUGGUGAUGGCGGCCAUUAUGCCAACGCAAAUCUGGCACCGGACGAAGUGUAAGGAAAGAUGCUGCUGGUCAAUCGAAACUGGGAAACAAUCCGUGUCCCCUGGAGGCGUACUCAAAUCGUGGAAGUUAUAAACUAUUUUUUCAAUAAAUUUUUAAAACUUCUUAAAUUUUGUCUUGUUUGCAAAGUAAACGCUCAUUGCUGAAACACAGGGUGCUAUUUGAACGAAUUGGUUGGUUGUAAUCAACUCUCAACGCCAAUGGAUGAGCUUAAAUUAGAAUACACUGAAACAGAGAACUUAACGAUUUUAUUUGAUAAAUCGCUCAACUGAUAGCUCACUAGUCGUUUACGAUGCUUUGUGGUCAUUUUAUGAUCUUAGAAUAUGCUACUUGUAUAGUACCCGUUAUAUUAAAUGAGCAAACUAAACCAUUUCAUAUCAUUCAAUAUAAAAUUAAAAACACACUUCAAGGUAUAAAAACACUUAUCAGCAAAAUACUCAAAAAUCAAACCUGCGAAAAUUUAUUUUUAUUUUAGGUUUCAGUUUAAAAUUCGAUUAACUUCCAAUGAACAGAGUGAUUUGCUUAAGAUGACACCAACUGAAAUGCGUUUACUUUUGUGAACAACCAAACACUGCGAGUCGUUUUGAAAGUUUCUCGAAGAUUGUUUUUCAAGUUAUAUGCAUGGACACAACACGCGAUGCAUGCAACAUAAGUUUAGAGAUAAAAAAGAUUGCAUGCGCCAAAGCAAAGCAAAAAGCGAGCGCUCAAAUGGAUGUUUUUGCUAUAAUUAUUAUUUUUUAAAUGCUAUACAACAAUUGAUCCGACGAAACAUCGUGAACAGAAACAUAUUUAUUUGUGACAAACAAAAAAACUAAAACAUACAGUUUUACUACAGCGGACAAAGCCGAGCCGAAUUGAGCUUCCAAAAAAAAAGAAUCAUUAGAUAGGAUGUAAAUCGGAAGCAGAAGAUUGUGCAAAAAGUUGAAAACGUAAUGCCUUGUUGCUUGAAGCUAAACAACAUAUACUUAAGAUAGAAAGGAGAAGCAGAAAAAGCCUAUAUUUAAAUAAGUUGAAGUAAAAAAAAUUGAAAAAAAACCUUUGUAAAUUUAAAAAAAAACUACAAAUAGCAGGAGAUAUUGAAACUUAUAAAAAUCAUUUUUAUUAGAA